AUGUCAUCAAAACAACUCGUGCCUGGGCCAAUGGGCCCCUUUGACAAAGUUUCACUACUAUGGCUCGUCCCCCUCACAGUCGCCCGUGCCCUGUUGGCGUUUGCAUCCCGUAGCAUCGACUCUUCCUCUCUGCACUGGCGCCAGAAGCUGUCCAUUUCGCUGCUGCAGGCCCUGCGCCGCACGCUCAACCCCCGCCACACCUUUGCCCACGCCCACCAGCGACUCACCGGCGAGGCUGUCCGCGCCUACUGCAGCGACCGCGGGCUUCCCUAUGCCGCCGCCGCCGUAGCAUUGCCGGAGCAUGCGGCUGCGUCCGCAGACACCACCACCGUCCCGCACGUGCCGCCGCCGCCGCCGACGCUGCACAUUGUCACGCCCGCCAAUGCGCCCGAGGACGGCCCGACGCUGCUCUACGCCCAUGGAGGGGGCUACCUCAACCCCUUGCAGGCACCCGGCCACAUGCCCUUUGCGCUGCGCUGCGCCGCAUCGUGCAGCGCGAGGCGUGUCGUCUUCAUCGAGUACGCCCUCAGCUCGGAGCACUGCUAUCCUGCCCAGCUCAUACAGAUGGUGGCCGCGGUGAAGCACCUCCUGCACCACCCCCUCCCCGGUACUGAGCUUGCGAGCCUAACGCCGGACAAUUUGAUUAUAGCGGGCGACAGCGCCGGCGGUCAUUUGAUUGCCAGCCUUCUCGCGCACGUGGUACAUCCCUGCCCGUACGCGCCGCCAUUGACGGAGCUGGGCCCGUCCAAGGGGAAGCAGCUCCGCGCCGUGGCCCUCUUCUCCCCAUGGCUGACGAUGAAGACGACCGAUGCCUCGUUUACCGCCAACCGCGAGAGCGACUACCUCUCCGCCCAGCAGAUGGAUCUGUUUACCGAGCUGUUUGAGCCAUCUCUGACCGAAGUCUGGGCGUCGCCCAUAGAAGCGGACGAUGCUGCUCAAGUGUGGAGGACGGCCUUUCCGCAGGCAGCGGCGGCGACGGAGGCCGUGGCCAAGAGAAUGCUGGUGACCACUGGGACAGGCGAGACGCUAUUUGACUCGUGCGUCAGGUUCGGAGGCGAGCUGCUGAGGGCGGACAUGGUGGUGCUGGAUGCGGACGAAAAGGUGGCGAUGGUGGCCGAAAAGGCGUUGGUGCUGACGAUUGCGCCGGAUGAGGCGCAUGUACAGCCGGUGCUGGACUCUGCGCUCAGAUAUGCGCAUGGGUGGUCGAUGAAGGCCGCUGACACAUUCCUCAAGUCUGUAUAA